UAAGAAGCAAGCAAGAAAGAGAAGAAAGGAUCAAGGCCUGAGGCCUGAUGCGGUCAUGGUCUCUUUCAGUCUCUCACAGUCUCUCUCUGUUCUCUCUCAGUCUUUCUUCCCUCCCCCCAAACCGGUUCAACCAUUUGGUUCUAGUCAGUCUAACCCAUCGUCGCUUAAGCUCUUUCUCGAGCAUCUGGAGAUCCCUCCCCACUUUUUGCGUUGCCAUUGCAACAAGGGCAUCCCUUCAGCUUCACUUUCUCCAGUGUCUUUUUUCUUCUUCUCUUCUUCUUCUCCUCUUCUUUUCCUCUCACAGCUCUAACUUCCUCAUAAGAGCUUCUUCCCGUCCGUUGCGUUCUCAUGCUUCAUUCCGUGAGCCACCGUCUUCAGCUCCGAUCCCGUCUUCAGCCCUCGUCCCUUCGACCUUCCUCCCGGCCGGCAUACUUCCUGUUUCAACCUAUAUCCUAUCCGAAAGCACCUUGAUCUAGUUCCCCGUCAGCCAGCCAUGUCGCUUUAGAUCCUUGGCCCCCCCGUCCGCGAAAGAAAGUGUGGGUACAGGCUGGUCAGCUCAGGAAGAUUUCAAGAGCCGGUACCACGAUUUCCGAGGUUGGAACUGCCACUUUGACAGUUGGGAGAACGAAGGAGAAAAGAGGAGCUG